GAAGGGAUUACUCAAGCAUCAUGCGCGCGCCACUGUCACAUUAAAGCCCCAAACGGGUAAAGAGUGCGGUCUUUGAAGUGUGCUUGCUGCAUUGCCGAGAUCAGGGGAAGGGAUGCAUGGCUCAGCUUUCGUCGAUGGGAACCUUGAACAUCCUCAUUACCACUGUUGAAGCUGACUGCAGAUCCCAACAUUGCUCUGUCCGGUCAAGAUCGGCAUCAGAGAUUGGCCCAUGGAUAGAACUACUCGAAAUGCAUUUCUCAAGACGGUCAAUUUGCCAGGGAGCAAUAAGCGGGCUGAUUCUUGUUCCGAAAGCCAAUCAUGUCAUGACACUAAAUCUUUGUAGAAACAGCCACCAUGUGGCUAUUAGACUAAGGGAUCGUAGUCGACUUUCUGAGCCUCUUCGGCCCGAUAUUGAACGUCUUCCGCACCACUCCCUAGGGCGUUCGACUGCUUCCUUGAGUGAUACUAGCUUGACGAGAUACUCUCACAGAGCUUGCUUCUUUCUGCCAUCAUAUCGUCCCGAUGCCCUGCCCGACAUGCGCUACGUCAUGCCAGUCUCCUGUGCACAAGCCUAGGCUUCACCGUAAGAGGCCGGGUUAGGCACCUACAAAUCGUUUCAAGCGUAACCGGUAUUGACCACGCCCAAUAACCUGCGAGAACCCCGCCAACACAGUGUUUGCGUUACUCAAACCACUCGAGUUUGUGAAUGACGGGCGCCCUCUAAGGGGCCCAGUGUAAACCAAUGCUUUACUACCUGGAAGUUUUUAUCAUCUGAAACCCGCGCGCGAAAAGCCACCCUAGGUAUAUUCAGGGUAGCUCUCAUUGAGGCGGUUGAUGAUUGAAAGUGGGGACCCAUAGGGUGAUUAAGGCGUUAUCAUCC